AUGCUACCGCAAAGCAGUGACUCGCCUCCAGAGCAGCAAAUCAGGGCCUCGCAAAGCCGUGCCUUGCCUGCAAAGAAGCAGAGCAAAUGGUCUGCAGAGGAAGAUGCAUUAAUCAUCGACCUCAGAGGCAGCGGGAUGAAAUGGGAAGAUAUUUCGAAACGACUGCCGGGACGUAGCGCCAUCAGUUGUCGGCUGCACUAUCAGAACUACCUGGAACGCCGAAGCGAAUGGGACGAAGAGCGCAAGAACAAGCUCGCAAAGCUUUACGAGAGGUUUAAACAGGAGAUGUGGGCCAAGAUCGCAGAGGAGAUGGCCAUACCAUGGCGUGCGGCAGAGGCAAUGCACUGGCAGCUGGGAGAGGUAGACAUGGCGAAGAGGGCUGGAGUGACCCCUCCCUGCGUAUCCGACGUCAACAUCGAGGAACAGCCAGGGAAUAACAGAGCGCCCGCAAGUCGCAACCACCGGCAUUCCCACUCGCUUUCCGACCCGCACUCGACCUUUUCGCCAGGACCAGUUUUACCACAGCUGCGGCCAGAGCCACAAUCGCCCUAG